AUGUCGAAGCGUUGUUCAUUCAUAAAGACAGGCCGCAUCCAGCCAGAAUCAUGUGCAUUUACAGCACUUAAUCCAUUGCUUUCAUCAACAUCGCAAUGUACCUCUCCCAACGUGAACCGUACAAAGCCAAAGAUGAAAACAACGAUGCACGGAGGUGAUUGCCCCACAUCCAAUGUCAGGAAAAGAGUCGGCUGGAAGGGCCGACUCGGCGGGGUCGGACAUGUGCUUUUCCAGGUCCAGCUUCAAGUCGUCCAUCAUAUUUGCAUCGACUUGAAAAGAGUAGCAGGACGUCAACUAUAA